GGCCAGUCUGGUUGGGGGGGUGGCCUGUGCCACCCCGCUGGACACGCCACUGCCAGGUACCCGGGCAGCCGCUGCCUUUCCCGGUGCAGAUGUGACGAGCUUCCCUGCCCGCUGCUCAGCUGGCUGUGCGCAGAGCUGAGGGACUCUCUGCCCGGAGCUACGAGACUCAGGAGGGUCAGGCCUCGCUGUGCUGACCUCCGAGUGUUGGACCCGUCCACUCUCAACAAAGUCGCUGAGUUCCUUGUAUCAGAAUUGCAAGCAGCUCGCAUUAUCAAGUACAAAGAGUCACAUCCUGACGAGCGGGCGACAGAAGCGGACUCUGAAAAAGAGCAGCGAGUUGAAGAUCUGAGCCGUGACUUUUGUGAGGAAAACGAAGGCGAUGACGGUUCGGGUGAAAACGGGAGGAAGGCAGAGAUGCAAGCAGAAUGGAUUUUACUUCUGCGUGCUCUCAACAUGGACGCCUCCUCUCGGUUUGAGGACGUUUUGAACGAGGUGAAUGAGAGGCUUUCUCGCCUACCAAGUGGAGACAUGACUAAACCUCUUCUCAGCACCGGCCUCAGCUCAGAGCAGUGGCUUCAAGUGAAAAAAAUGAAUGAAAUUCUGUCCGAGGACUAUCGGCGUCGGCGACAAAUGAUGGUCAUGCGCUUUCAGGUUACGCUUGAAUCAUUUGCAUGGGGAGAAAAACAAAAGGAGCGCAGUGCUGCGCUGGCUUCGGCACCUAAUCUUGCGUCCCUCAUUGGCUCCUCCCAAGUGUCUCCAUCUCUGCUGCUCGCUGCCAGAGAGGAUCAGUGCUUCAUUGACCCGGUCAAAGCUGGAACAAGCACCUCUGUUUACAAGACGUUGAUGGGCAGCGUACCAGACAGAGGAGGACGACCUGGGGAAAUUGAGCCUCCUAUGCCAGCAUGGACAGGGAGAAGCUCGAAAGGCAGCAGAGGGGGAUGGGGAGGCGGACAAUCUCAUAAGAAUAAGAAGAAGAAAGGGAAAAAAGAUUAACUUGUCCAUCUUUUUGGCCUUACUCAUCAAUUUAAGAAAUAAGCGAUCAUUUUGCUUUAUUGAAAUCCUUGUUGCGAGGUAAACUACGAUUGGGAAGUGCUGUAUAUAAUUUUGUAGUUAUAAAUCUGUGUAUAAUUUAUAGUUAUAAGUCAUGCACAUACCAGAUUGUGUACAUUUCUAUAAAAGCAAUGAAGUACUGGUACAUGACCAGAUAUUUUGGUAAAAGAGCAGAAAAUGGGAAAAAAUCUUGGCUUUCCACAUUUAUCAGUAGGUUUGUUUAAGAAUAAACCUCUGAAACACA